CGGGAGCCGCGCCGAGCCCACCUGUGAUUGGUUACCGUAGGGGCUGGGGGGGAAAUCCCUCUUUCCCGUAGAGGUACUAGGGAGGGGGCGGUGCAUAACAAAAAGUAAUGGCCAUCUAUUUGGGUCCUGAAGAAGGAGGGAUAGCCUGUUUCUCGUCGGACUACCGUAGGUGUGUUUGACUUUUCUCCAUGUUAGCGCGUACGUGUGGCCGUCAGUGACACCGGGCCGCGUUUCCACCGUUUCCCCGCCGUCGCACGUUCGUUGCCCCGCGGUAGCAGUACGGUUAAAUAAGCGGGCUGAACUUGGCGCCGCGUUUUAGGGUUAAAGCAGCCAGCUAGCCGCGCUAACGCUAGCUACUACCAACCAACCAACCAACCAACCGCCGCCGCCGCUGCUGCUGCCGCUGUGCGAGCCAGCGUCUGGAAGGGCGGACGAGUUUGACGUUUUCUUCCCCCCCUGAAGUCUCCUCACAUUUCUGAGUUUUCUAGUCUCGGCGCGGUCGUCUCUCCUUCGAGCUACCCGAGUCAACAUGGAGGGGACACACUUUGCGAGAGCAUGAAGAAGAAGACGACGGCGACGGACGACGACUAAAGAGGAUUAAAAGCAACUCGGUCUCGAUGGGGAAAAGUUGAGCUGAGGAUUAACAACUUGGGAUAAACUGAAGAAAGGUUUCAAGUCUUACCUAUUGUGCAAGGGCAUGCUAAAGCUUCAGUGAUGGAGCCUACAGUUGUGAGUACGUCCACUCUGGCCCCUGAUGAGUUUGAUAGGAAUGUGCCACGGAUCUGCGGUGUGUGUGGUGACAAAGCCACUGGCUUCCACUUCAACGCCAUGACCUGUGAGGGCUGCAAGGGCUUUUUCAGGCGCAGUAUGAAGCGUAAGGCCACCUUCACAUGUCCCUUUAACGGCAGUUGCACCAUCACCAAGGACAACAGGCGCCACUGCCAGGCAUGCCGGCUCAAACGCUGUGUGGACAUUGGCAUGAUGAAAGAGUUCAUUCUGACAGACGAGGAAGUGCAGAGGAAGAAGGACCUUAUUCAGCGGAGGAAGGAUGAGGAGGCACAGCGCGAAGCAGAGAGGGAAGCGCGGCGGCCCCGACUCACUGAUGAACAGAGUCAGGUCAUCGCUACGCUGGUGGAGGCGCACCACAAAACAUAUGACGACUCCUACUCUGAUUUCUGCCGUUUCAGGCCUCCUGUGCGCGAGGGCCCAGUGACGCGAAGUGCCAGCAGAGCUGCCUCCCUCCACUCCCUGUCUGAUGCCUCCUCUGACUCCUUCAGUCACUCUCCAGAGUCAGUAGAUACGAAGAUGAACUUCAACAACCUGCUGAUGAUGUACCAGGAGCAGGGCAGCAGCCCCGACUCCAGUGAGGAGGAGGGCUCCAGUUUCUCGAUGCUGCCCCACCUGGCUGACCUGGUCUCCUAUAGUAUCCAGAAGGUCAUUGGCUUUGCCAAGAUGAUCCCUGGGUUCAGGGAGUUGACUGCAGAGGACCAGAUUGCUCUGCUCAAGUCCAGCGCCAUUGAGGUGAUCAUGCUGCGCUCAAAUCAGAGCUUCAACCUGGAAGACAUGUCAUGGAGCUGUGGUGCGCCUGACUUUAAAUACCAGAUCAGUGAUGUCACCAAAGCGGGCCACACUCUGGAGCUGUUGGAGCCACUGGUAAAGUUCCAGGUGGGCCUGAAGAAGCUCAACCUGCACGAGGAGGAACAUGUGCUGCUGAUGGCCAUCUGUUUGCUUUCUCCAGACCGCCCAGGUGUGCAGGAUCACUCGCGGAUCGAAGCCCUGCAAGACCGUCUGUCAGAGACCCUGCAGGCCUACAUCCAGCUCCACCACCCAGGAGGACGGCUGCUGUAUGCCAAGAUGAUCCAGAAGCUGGCCGACCUGCGCAGCCUCAACGAGGAGCACUCCAAACAGUACCGCUCACUGUCCUUCCAGCCGGAGCACAGCAUGCAGCUCACCCCGCUGGUGUUGGAGGUGUUCGGCAGCGAAGUCUCCUAGAGGACGCCUCCGAACCCCAGCUGUGGAGAGGAAGCUGGAGACAAGACCCCAGGGGGUGAAAAAGGAGGGGAGGGAGCUAAGGAUGUGAUGAAUGAGCUAAAUGCAGGUGUGGAGUAUGAAGUGAAGAGAGAAAGAAGUGUGCGUGUGCGUGCGUGCAUGUGUUUAUCUGUGUGUGGCUUCAUGUAUGUGUCACAUCUAAAGAAGUCUAUCUUGGUGUAAAGGCCAAGGUUGUAUGGGGAGCAAGCAGAUGUUAAGAGACACAGUAAACAAGGGAAAUUCAUAGAGUACAAACUGAACUAUACAUACAACUUCUGCCUAUAUACAGUGUUUUUGUCUGUAUUUAAAUCAACAAACAGCUGCUUCAAAUGCCUGGACAUUUUGUGUGUGUACAUGUUGUUCACACACCAACACAACAAACAUACUCAGUUAUUCAUUUAGCCAUUCAGUUGAGCUACCUCUUGGUUUUACUGGGGUUGUUUUAUAUUUACAUCACCUAUGUGAAACACUAACUUUUACAAAGAACAAUUUAGAUACAGUACAGAUUACAUUUCAGUUUACCGGUGCAAAAGCAGUGCCUGCACAUUAUUUUUGAAUUUUUGAUGAUUCAUGUAUUUUUUUGUUUCGUUUUGUUUUUUGUUUUUAUCUGCUUCUCUCCAAGGCAGCAUUUGUAUAUGACUGUGUAUACAAUUCAAACACAUGCCUUUCACCUUUCACCAAAGGUAUGGUCAACUACUUUCUCAAAAAGCUUCCAGUACCUAAAAAUAACCUUGCUGCUCCAUGGCUCGCUUCACCCAUGCAGCCACUCGGCAAGUUUUCUGACUAGCCUCACAGCCUAUGAAGGAAAGUGUCAUUAUGUAGGUUUAUACUGCAGAGUACAGAGCAUAGUCUGUAAUUUAGUGAGGUUUUGAUAGGACUUUAGGGUGCCUGGUUUGAGGUGAGAAUUAGCCACUAAAUGUGUUAGCUACUUUUACACUGCUAACUGUCAAUCAAACCAAGCCGGCAUUAUGGCUUGUUACUCUCUUUUGAAAUUGUUUUUCAUUAUUCUUCUCUUUUGUUUAACUGUUUAUUUCCAUGUAAAUACUUAAUUGCUAUCACAUGUAUCCUAAGCACUGUUAUACCACCUUUUACUCAAGCCUAUGUAUUGAUAUACAGUAUCUAUAUUAUCACAGAUUUUAAAGGGCUAAAAUGCCAAAUCUAACUGGAAUAGUCAUUCGAGGCCAAAGCAAGGGGCCUGUCUUCUUGUUGAUAUAUAGCUGCAUACCAUACUUGGAAUUGGCAUAGAUAUGGAUAGAAUUGCAAUAGAUGCUUUUUUUUGUUUUAUACGUCACUACACCUUUAAAACAAUUCCAUGAAUUGUUCCUCUUCAGUAUACGGUGAGCUCGGUGGGCGGAGAGCUUAGGAAGCUGCUUCAGACCUCCACAGAUAUCACACCCCUUUCGUUUCUGACUGGGAAGUGGAUUUUCUAGAAUGUCUGAGGACCUGGUUGUGGUGGUGACAAUGCUGCGUGCCUCCACACCCCGGCCCUCCUGUUUGAUGAUGUAUGCUGCGCAGCCCUCUAGUGGCUGUAUCAUGUAAAUACCAGGUAUAUAUAUGUGUAUAUAUAUACAUAUAUAUAUAUAUACAUAUAUAUGUAUAUAUAAUGUCUGCCGCUGUACAUAGGGCUACAUAGAUUUUCAAGGUUAUUUUGUUUUUCAAAAAAUAUAUAUAUGCAAAUACGAUUGACCCUUUUUUGUUUCUGAUCCAUUAUUACCAUGUUCUGAAACACUAUGCUCUUUGUUUUUUUUUUUACUUUCUUGGAAGGAAAUAUUUAGGAAUGGCUUAUACAGGGAUUGCUUGUGCAUUUGACACAGUCAGAUUUGUAUAGGGGGUGGGUUGAUGUUAAUUUCCAAGGUUCAUUUUUCAGAAAGGACAAGCUAAUCAUACUGUGCUGCUCUCAAAUAUAAGCCAUAUAGAUCAUCAAGCUACUUCUACACAUGAUACAUUACAGUACAUUGAAGUGAUGACUCCAGGGCCUUGGACAUUCUCAUUAUAUAGUCAACUAAACGUGUAUGCUAUUAAUCUAUGGCUUUUGGAACAUGAGCUUGUAUAUGAUUGGAACUUGUAUGCCUUCUCUCUGCUGUCAGUCAUCUUUGGCUUAUGCUUCAUCAGACAGCAUCUAAUGGCUUAUAAACCAAACUGCCAAGAGACUUCAAACGCUUAUGUUUACAGGCCAGUAAUGUGUGGCUUGCUGCAUGUGGGAUUAUGGUAAAAUUAUACAAGGUGACAUGUCGUCUAUAUCGAGACAAUUUCCCCAAAGAAAUGUUAAGUCCAUUUCCUGCCAAGUGCAAAUGAUUCCACCGGGGGCAACUUUGCUUAAAGGCUCUCAUUUGCAGAGAUGACACGGAAGUUUCUUUUUGUCUUCUAUUAGCUGUGUGACAGAAGGCAUCUGAUAAAAACAGUUCCUGUGAUUGGCCACCCGGUCCUCCCAUGUCAGACGAUGAGUUUCCUUCAUCUCCUUAGACCAGAGUUACUCUUUGAGGAAGAUGCUGGGAGAGAGAGAGAGCACAUUUGUUGCUCACAGCUGCUUUGUGAGAAGUUGUUGCUUUGAUUUGUUCAGCCCACAUGGAUUUUAUUAAACCUAUCAUAGGAAUUGUCGUCCGUUCUACGUCACUGUGGCUUUAUUCCAACUCUUCGCAGUCACUGUGAUAGUCGGGGCUUGAUGCUUAGAUAAUCUGCAUAGCACAAAUAGUUAAUCAUUUUUGAUAGUUCCCAUAUUCACAUAAUCAUAGUAAGUUUGAUUUUCUUCCUGAAAGUCAUUGGGAUUAUAUAGUUUGUGUGUAUAUAUAAUUCCCUGUGCCCCACAAAUUACCCUGCUGUGAUUGAACUUUUAAGGAGUCGAAGCUCGAGUGUCUUUAGGCAGUACCACUCGUAUGUAUAAUAUGUCAGUUUGAUGAGGGAUAUGAUGUGCUUGGUUACUGAACACUGACUUUUGAAGUUUUGAAAAGUCUCCAUGUUGAUUUUUUUUUUCUCUCUCUCUCUGAAUACAUACUUCUGUAUGUAGAUAUGGGUUUGAUUUUGUUCUGUUUUCUUUUUGAGAUAGAGGUGCAGUGUUGAUUUGUGUAUGUUAAAAUACAGUGGGAGGUUUGGUGAAUAUGUAAGUGCCACGGGGAGAGUUCCCUCCACACAAGAACAGGGUAAAAGAGGAGUUGUGCUUGGGGAUUUAAAAAAACCCAACAGGAAAUCUCUCAAGGAUGUAUUAUGUAGCCGCUAAUUGAGCAAGUAGAUUUUGGUCAGUAACACAAGGUGUCAGGGGAAUUCAGAGGUUUUAUCGUAAGAAGGUAGCCCCCCUCUUUUAUGACUGAAUAGCUGAUCAGAUGUUGAUUAUCGGGAUCCUUUCCUUCCCCCCCUCCUUCCAGUAUAUACUGUACGCACAAUGCGAUUACAGUUUAAUCUGAAUAUGGUGCAUCCCCAGAGGUUUCUGUUUGGUUUUUCCAUGGUAGGCUGCUUAGAAUCUGUAAGUUUUUAACUCUGCAUUGUGGUUGUUAAAAUACUGGAACUUGAGAACCAUGCAUCAGUGGAAAUCCCCCACAAAUUACAUGAUCCAUCUUGGUUGAGAUUUCCUUCAGAUUGGCAACAUAACACAGUAACAAUGCCUGCAAUAUACAACUCAUGGUACACUAUCACCAGCAAGCUUUACAGUUUAUCAUGUUAGUAGUAAUUUUUUGAAGUUUUUUGUAUAACUGUUGCCAUUACAAAUCCUGUCUGACAGCAUGUAUGAUAUCAGUCACAGAAAACUGUUGGCCAUCUCCCAUGCAAAGGAUUUCAACUCUGUUUUUUUUGUUUUUGUUUUUGUUUCUCCCUUUAGGACAGGGAUUGUAAUGGAAUCAACUUAAUGUAGUUCUUACAAAAAGGAGUGUCCACAAUGGAUGUACACCAUAAUCUACCUAAAAAACCUACCUCUUUUAGCUCAGAUUUUGCUUUAGCAUUAAGCAUUUGCCUCUGUUUUUACUUUUAUAAUAUUUGUAUUCAUGUUGGUAUUUAUUGCUGUCUAAUGAGUCAUACUUCAAUGAUUACCUCAGAGAUAUCUCACAGAUUUGGGAGAGUCCAGCUAAUGAAGUCAUUCAUAGUUUGUUUCUUUUUUGUUUCUUUUUUUUUGUACAGCUUUUUCUUCUCAGACUUAGCAAUACUUUUUCUUUUUCUUUUUUUUUUUUAACGCACAAAAUACCAGGAGUGUUUUAAUCUAGUGCCUGCACUCUGACCAUCGGGGCUCUGGCUAGAAUGAGGCUGCAUUUACUUCAGAUCUUUCUCUGCAUCUUUUGCUCUGUACUUACAGUAUAUUCAUGUAGUUUUUCAGCAAAAGACGCAGUUAAUCUCUCUGCCAUAUUGCUGAUAUCAAUGGUAUCUUUCUAGUCUUUAGAGGGCAAACUGAAGUGGAGAACUUUUUGGUGUGAAUGCAGCCAUAAAGAAGUAACAACCUCAAAGACUUUGUGGCAGUAGGAGAGGCGAGAGGUGUGUUUGUGCUCCACUUGGUACCGUUAGCAUGGUCUAUGCUCUGUAGUACGUCAUCCUUACUUUGUCCUUCUGAUUUGUCUUCUCAUUUCCUCCAUUACCCUCUUUGUGUCUUCACCUCUCCUUCUGUCGUAAAGUCUGUUCCUGCACCUUCAUCAUUCCCUACCAGUCUUUGGUCAAACGAGGGGAAUUAGGAGGGGUGAAAUCCUCAGUAUCCAUGCAAUGCUGCUUUUAUCUUGAGCAUCACCAAGUUGUGCGUAACCGACACCACAUAUGCAGGCAUCGUCCAAAGUGUCGGCCCCCAGCAGGCGCGACAAGCCUCGUCAGAAGAUCGUGUCUUUCGAAAUGUACGCAACUUAGUGGUGCUUAUUGGGAAAAAAAAAUUCCAUUGAGACCUUAGUAUCAUUAACGGAGCAACUACUCACUUUGGUGAAUCCAAACCAAGUUUUUUUUUUUUUCUUUUUUUUUUGUAUUCAUGUCAAACUGCUUCAGGUAAACACUGAAUGAAAUUAGAGAGUUUUUAUUGAUCAGUGAAUACUGAGGAAGUGUCGCCAUGGUCACAUCUACCCUGAGCUGUGUGCCAUAACGUGACCCUUUUUAAUGCAGGGGAGAGUGUUAACAAAGCUGGCUUCAGAUGUUCCCCAGCUUAAUUAGAAUGAGAAGGUUGUCCGAGUGUGAGAUUGGCUUCUUGCUCUGUCAGCCACGUGUGUCGAUCUUUUGUAAGGAUUUGAAUUUGGCAUUGAAUUCUUACCCUGCAUUGUGAAUCCAAAUUAUGCCACAUUCGAUUGAAAUGCCUAAACCAACAAAAAGCACUUAAUAUAAUGUUUGUAACACAUGUAUACUGAUCAAGCUACUAGCCAUGAACUGCCUUUGUAGGUCAGCACGAUAUGGCUCCAAUUAUCAAGAAAAUUUAAGUAACCUAAAUUCUAAUGUAAUUGCAAUUUAUCUUUUGUCUCAUUUUUUUUUUUUCAAAGAUCUUCUUUUUUCUAUUAUAAAUGGGUGUUUAUGUAAUGUUAUUUUUGUCGGAUGUUUUGCAAAUCAAAAAUAAACAGUUGUACAUAGCA